ACGCACUUAAAUACAGGAAGUACUUCAGCCUUCGUUCUCUCCUCUCGUGUAAGAAUGGCUGCCCGCAAAGAAUCGACGGCUGCUGCGGUGGCUGCUUCACCCUCCAGUACUUUGGACUCGAUGGUAAAGUUAAUCCAAAUUGAGGGACUGGUGGUACUGAAGAUCAUUAAGCACUACCAGGAGGAGGGCCAGGGGAGUGAGGUGGUGCAGGGGGUGCUCCUGGGCCUGGUGGUGGAGGACCGGCUGGAGAUCACCAACUGCUUCCCUUUCCCCCAGCACACCGAGGACGAUGCCGACUUUGACGAAGUCCAGUAUCAGAUGGAGAUGAUGCGCAGUCUCCGCCACGUGAACAUCGACCAUCUGCACGUGGGCUGGUACCAGUCCACCUACUAUGGCUCCUUCGUCAGCCGAGCCCUGUUGGACUCUCAGUUCAGCUACCAGCAUGCCAUUGAGGAGUCUGUUGUGCUCAUCUACGAUCCCAUCAAAACAUCCCAGGGCUCACUGUCACUGAAAGCCUACAGGCUCACGCCUAAACUCAUGGAGAUCUGCAAGGAAAAGGACUUCACUCCAGAAGCACUGAAGAAGGCUAUGGUGGGCUAUGAGCACAUGUUCGAGGAGGUGCCCAUCGUCAUCAAGAACUCCCACCUGAUCAACGUGCUGCUCUGGGAGCUGCAGGACAAGUCCACGGCGGCCGACAAGCACGAGCUCCUCAACCUGUCCAGCAGCAACCACCUGGAGAAGAGCCUGCAGCUCCUGAUGGACCGAGUGGAUGACCUGAGCCAGGACAUCGUCAAGUACAACACCUACAGCCGCAAUCUGAGCAAGCAACAGCAGCAGAAGCAUCAGUACCUGCAGAGGCGGCAGCAGGAGAAUGCCCAGAGGCUAAGUCGUGGGGAGCCGAAUCUACCGGAGGAGGACAUCACCAAGUUGUUCAAGCCCCCACAGGCCCCUCCACGUAUGGACACCCUCCUGAUCGCAGGACAAAUCAACAACUAUUGUGGGAACGUGAAGGAGUUCACUUCACAGAAUCUCGGCAAGCUAUUCAUGGCGGAGGCUCUCCAAGGCCACAACAGCUAGAGGGGCGUUGAAUGGAAGCCGGCGCUGAAAGGAAGCCACAGGAUUUGCUAAUGAGUCGACACCGCGCACGUCACCAGCCCACACGCGUCUUUUUAUUUCCAAGUGGUAGUUGAACAUGGCAGGAAGAAAUGGUCAGGGGUAAACAAAAGCCUGUACAGGUCAUUUUGAAUAAAAUACAGUACAUUAAAA